AGGCAGAGUUAUGAAAUCCUCAUUAUUAUGGAAGAGGCUUGUAGAGGUUAAUUUGCAAGCCAGUUGGAGGUGAGCUAGAAUCCGCCAUGCCGGAGGCUGCAGCAGCAGACAUAGACAGGUCCGAAGAAGAGCCUGGAGAAUUGUACUUCGAGGAUAUGAUGGUUUCCAUCUCACUCUUGAGUCCAGCGAUGAAGACGAUGAGUCUGAUGAAGGCAGGGAGCCCAUUGUGACCACAACGGAAGCAGAGGAGAUACCAAUCGGAAGAGUUUCUGGAGGAGUUAUUUGAUACUGACGAUGAGCUGACCAUCAUGGAGCCUCUAGUACUUGAGGAAGAUGAUGACAGCAAUGAUUUGAAGGAUGCUGUGGUAAAAGAAGGGGAUUCAUGUGAUCAGGACCAAACUACCUCAGAUGAGAAAGAGCUGGAUGAGUCUACUGUCUCCCAUCGCAAUGCAUCUGAUGAUGUUGGUGAGCAGGAUCUUGGUGGAAAUCUCAGCCAGCCACCAAAUGAUCCUGAGGCUAACCUAGAGAUUUCAGAUAGAAAGAUGCCAACUGAUGAAAAGCCUAAAUCUGUGGCAAAACAACCAAAGAAAAGGAAGCAAAAAACCAAAAAUAUUCGUGUGCCGCCUGCCGUUAAAGGACGAAAAAAGUGUGGGCCUUCCAAGAAGAAACCCAGAGCAGCAAAAGUUGAAAAACGUGAGGCUGGGCAUUGUACGUGCCAAAUACCUGGAUGUUUCUUGCUUGGCCUUGAACACUCUAAACAAUAUUCUGGAAGGAAUUUCAAACAAAAUAAGGAUGAGCUGGUUCAGAAGAUCUACAGCCUGUUUAAUAGCUCCGUCUUUGAUAAACAGCUGCCAGAGAAGAUAGAAAUCAGCUGGAAUAAAAAGAUGCUGAGAACUGCUGGCUUAUGCACCACUGGCGAGAAACAGCACCCGAAGAAGGAGCGCUUCGCCAAGAUCCAGAUUUCUGUGAAAGUCUGCAACUCUGCAGCCUCCUGGCUGCUCGAUGGUGCCCGUGAUUCUCAUGGUGACGCAUGGAAGUAUUAUGCCAAGAAAUCCAACAUGGUACACCCGGAGCUGCCCAAGGUCACCUGUUGCCACAACUAUACCAAUUAACUACAGGAUUCAGUAUGAAUGUACUUGGUGCAAAUUCAGGGUUGGCCGCUGCACCAGAUCGUUGAACACCAAUCGCUUUAUCUGUGCCGUAUGCAAGGGGUCUCUGGUCAUGCUGCCGUUAAC